AUGCGUCUCAGCUUGUUCUUCCUCACUCUUCUGGCAACCUAUGCCAGUCAAAUAUCUGCUAACCAAUCGAAACACUGGGCUGUGCUUGUGGCUGGAUCACACGGUUGGGACAAUUACCGGCAUCAGUCUGACGUCGCUCACGCAUAUCAAUUGGUGAGUAAAAAUGGAAUUCCGCCGCAGAACAUAAUCACCAUGAUGGUCGAUGAUGUGGCCAGAGAUCCAAAAAAUCCGUUUCCAGGGAAAUUGUUCCAAGACUAUACACACCAAGAUGUUUAUGCCGGUGUCGUUGUGGAUUACAAGGGUGCGGAUGUCACAGUGAACAACUUCAUCAACAUGUUGAAGGGUGAUCCUGCAUUGAAAGCAGCCGGAAAGAAGGUGCUCGAAUCGGGCCCGAAUGAUAACGUCUUCAUUUAUAUGGUCGAUCAUGGUUCACGUGGACGUUUCGACUUCCCAAAUCAGCCGCUCCAAGCGAAACUAUUCAUGCAAACGCUGGUCUGGUUGAAUCAGGCUCGACGGUACAAGCAAAUGCUUAUCUAUAUUGAGGCAUGCUUUUCCGGAUCUAUGUUCGAAGGACUCUUACCACAAAACAUCAAAACACACUUUGACUACAUGGACGGUGGGUCAUCAGGUGAACGCGGUGAGACAAGCGGUGAUAUGCAGCGCUGUCCAAGCCUACGGGACACGGUGCCUGAAGACCAGGUACAUUUGUUCCAGUUAAAACGUCGACUGUCCGUGAACCAGUCACCUGAACAACUGGAGUUGGCACGUCGGCGCCUAAAUCGUGCGACGCAGCUGGCAAGGAUGGCCAAGGAAACGGUCGACGAGAUUAUAGAACAGGUUUAUCGCAGUGCCACGCCGUCAAACCCACGCAUCGACAUUUUUGAAACGCUGGAUUGUCACAAUACAAUUACGGAACAGUUUGAGUUCAAAUGCUUCAGCCUCCGUCAAGUUCCUGAAGCAGCAUACGAAAUGUCGAAACUUUACCGGCUGUGUGAGCUCGGCUACGACGCAAAGUCGGUUGUACAAGAGAUAUUUGACAGAUGUGGUUAG